AUGAAAAGAAAGGUUUUAUUAAUGGGUAGAUCAGAGUCUGGUAAGACUUCAAUGAGAUCAAUUAUUUUUGCAAAUUAUAUUGCAAGAGAUACAAUGAGACUUGGUGUUACAAUCGAUGUUGAACAUUCACAUGUUAGAUUUUUAGGUAAUUUAGUAUUAAAUUUAUGGGAUUGUGGUGGUCAAGAAGGUUUCUUAGAAUCAUAUUUAACAACACAAAGAGAUCAUAUCUUUAGAAAUGUUGAAGUUUUAAUUUAUGUAUUUGACAUUGAAUCAAGAGAACAUCAAAAGGAUAUAAAGAAUUAUAAAUCAUGUAUUGAAGCCAUUUCACAAAACUCAAAAGAUGCUAAAAUCUUUUGUUUAGUACACAAAAUGGAUUUAGUACCAGAAGAUCAAAGAGAUACACUUUUCAAGAAUAAAGAGCAAGAAAUUAGACAAGCUUCACUCCCAUUAAAACCAACAUGUUUCAGAACUUCAAUUUGGGAUGAAACUCUUUACAAAGCUUGGUCAUCCAUCGUUUACUCUUUAAUUCCAAAUGUUAAAGUACUCGAACAUAAUUUAAACAAGUUUUGCAAAAUCUGUGAAGCUGACGAAGUUGUACUCUUUGAAAAAGCAACAUUUUUAGUCAUCUCUCAUUCUGCUAGCAAGGUUCAUAAAGAUGUCCACCGUUUCGAAAAAAUUUCAACCAUUAUUAAACAAUUCUUUUUAAGUUGUUCAAAAUCUCAAGCCAACUUCCAAGCUAUGGAAGUUAGAAAUUCAAAUUUUGCCGCUUUUAUUGACGCUUUUACUUCAAAUACUUAUAUUAUGGUUAUUAUGUCUGAUCCAACAAUUGAAUCAUCUGCCACUUUAUUAAAUAUUCAAGUUGCAAAAUCACAUUUUGAAAAGUUUAUUCAACAAGUUUAA